AUGAUGCAGAAGGUUGGUGCCACUGUCAUCCAUGCGAGUGACUCUAGCAAGGCUGUUGAAACCAAUUGCUCUAUGAAAAAAGUAGACAACAUUACAGCUAAUGCAACCAAGAAAGAUUACAAGAGCGAACCUUCAAGGAGGAAACCAAACUUAAGAACUAUGUGUGAUGUUAACAGAAGAAAAAAAUUAGACCAAAAAGAUGGAAGAGGCAAUAGGGUUACUCAAAAGAAGAAAAAAAGUGAUAAGUCUAAUGAUAGAGAUCAGAGAUCUUCUACAAAGAAAAGAAAAAAAUUAGAGGAUCCUAGCCAUGGUUGUUAUGAUGUUUAUCAAGUUCAAGCAUCUAGUGAUGAUGCCGUGGACCUGACAGUUGAAGAUUUGAUGGUCAUAGCUGAACAGUAUGUCAACGAAUAUGAGAACAAGGAUCGAAAAGAAAUAUCAAGUAGACAGCGUGAAUCAAAAUUGGAAUUUCAAGUUAGAUAUGAAACUGGAACCACUCUUGAUUCCCCUUGUGAAAACAAAAAUUCAUCCGAGUCUGGAAGGGAAGAUUUAUCUAAUUCUACUUCAACAACCGAUGAAGUUAUUGCUACAAACACCUCUCAAACAGGUGAUCCUGCUCAAGACAUCCUGAACCUGUUCUUAGGCCCCUUGCUGAGGAAAACUCUUGAGAAGGAGGAGAAGAACAAAUCUAUUGUAGAAAAUGCCAAGAUUACCCAUGAUUUCACUUGGCAAAGUCAAGAUGAACUUGCUGGAGAAGAAAUGGUCCCCUUAAUGAAGAAAAGAAACACCUUGAAAGACAAGGUGGCAAUGUUUCUUGACCAAGAUUUGUAG